UCAGUAACGCAGCUAAGUUCACUGGUACCAAAAUUCCGUCAGGAUUGUAAAUAAGUUUUGAAGAACCAGUUACUUCUGGUCGAAACCAACAUCUUUAUCAUUGAUACAGACGCGUGUGACGUUGGUAGCACUGUAGCCACACUGGAUAAGGUUAAAAGUGAAUGUGAGUACACAGUUCAUCGAAGUUGCGCUGUCAGAAGCAGGUGCUCAUAAGAGAGGCGGAAGACGCCUGAACAUGCGUGUGUUUACCGCAUCGUUUAGCUGAUUUUUACCAAACGUACAAAAUGAAACAACAGUGAAUGAGUGAAUAUUUCCGUGUACUUCGAAUAUACGAUCACGUCAUCGACCGCACUCAUGGAUAAAUCAAAAAUGAAUUCACGGAACCCGUUUCUGCGUCCAUGGAUGGAAAAUAAUGGUGCAGCUGCCGCAGCUGCGGCUGGGAGCAUGGGUUUGAAGGGAAUCAUUGCAGGUGGAAUUACGGGUGGCAUAGAAAUCUGUAUUACUUUUCCGACAGAGUACGUAAAAACCCAGUUACAGCUGGAUGAGAAAGGUGCUACAAAACAGUAUUCAGGAAUAUUUGACUGUGUUAAAAAGACUGUGCGGAGUCAUGGUUUUUUCGGACUCUACCGUGGUCUCAGUGUGCUUCUUUACGGCUCCAUUCCAAAAUCUGCUGUACGGUUUGGCACAUUUGAAUCUAUUAAGAAGCGCAUGGUCGAUGCAGACGGAAAUCUUUCUCCAAGCCGCAGACUUCUUUGUGGGCUUGGAGCUGGUGUAGGUGAGGCAGUUCUUGCUGUAACACCUAUGGAAACUGUUAAGGUGAAAUUCAUCAACGAUCAACGCUGCCAACCAAAAUUUCGAGGGUUUUUUCAUGGAGUGGCAGUUAUAGUCAGAGAACAAGGUUUUCGAGGAGUCUAUCAGGGUGUAACAGCAACAAUCAUGAAGCAAGGCAGCAAUCAAGCAAUCCGCUUCUUUGUUAUGGAAACUUUAAAAGACUGGUAUCGAAAGGGUGAUCCCAAACAGCCUGUUCCAAAACUACUCACAGGUCUAUUUGGGGCAAUAGCUGGUGCUGCCUCUGUCUUCGGGAACACACCUAUUGAUGUUGUCAAAACAAGAAUGCAAGGGCUUGAAGCAUCAAAAUACAAAAAUACGUUUGACUGUUUCUAUAAAAUAUGGAAGAAUGAAGGCCCAUUUGCGUUCUAUAAAGGAACAGUUCCACGUCUGGGCAGAGUAUGCUUGGAUGUAGCAAUUACAUUCAUGAUUUACGACUCGUUCAUGGAAUUGUUUAACAAGAUCUGGCCAUGAAGACUGACAUACAUACUGUGAGUGACCAGCUCUCUUACCUUGCCAGGUUGGAGUUACUAUUGUUUGAACAGCUGUGCUGUUAGAAUGUUUUAAAAUAUGCAUGUACUGUGGUUUCUUUAUAUAUUGUUGAGUUUAUUUUUGUUUAUUUCUAUAGUUUGUUUUUUGCAGAUUAACAAAAGUUAAACGUAUUUAAUGCUGUGUUUUAACAUUCCCUUUUUGUAUUAUACUUUUAAUGUGUGUGAAUUUUGUGCACAAAAAUAACUUUCCCUUUUGUGGAAAAUGUAAGUACAAAACAGCUAAGUGCAAUACUAUGUUCUCGAUCUGGCUGCUGCAAUGUGGAAAAUGGAAGUGCUGAAUUUUUAGUUAUGCUAAGAAAGUUGCACAGAGUAAGUGGUAUGUUGUGGCUGAUUAAUUUCACAUAGCAGAUAAGCCAGAAGCAGCUUCCAAGCUUGUUUCUCAGACUGACCUAUAGAAAUAAAAAGCUUGAUAUUCUUUAAA